AUGGCGGACUUCGCCGCGUUCCGCGAGUUUCAGGCGCGCUCCUCCAUCGUCGUCGAGCGGGAGCGCGCCGUCGACCUCCGCCGCAGGAUGCUGCAGGAGCUGACGCAGAACGUCCAGCAGCUCACGGAGGAGUGCAGGCGGCGGGAGGAGCAGCUGCAGCCGGAGCGGCUCCGCUUCGCCCAACGCAGGGCCGCGCAGGACGAGAAGGUGGGCGCGAAGGAGGCCCAGGGGCAGGCGCAGCGCGAGCGCGUCGCCGCACUGGACGCUGAAGAGACGCGGCUGCGUGCCGCCAUUGCGGAGCGGGAGGAGGAGAUGCAGCGGGUGCACGGGGAGCUGCAGCAGCGGCAGUCGCUCUCCGUGAGGCUGCAGGAGGCGAAGGGUGGGCUGACGCGCCUCAAGUGCCAGCUGGAGGAGUGGGACGCGAAGGUGAUGAAGUUAGAGACGCGCACUGCGAAGAUGGAGAUGACCGCGGAGAAGCGGCACGCCGCCCUCGCCGAGCGGCUGCCGGCCUACGACAUGCCGCAGAUAGAAGCCGAGCGCGGCGGCGCUCUAGAGGACAUCGCCGGUGAAAGUAUUCUUCUUGUUGACGAAUUCAAUCAGUGA